AUGUGGACUACCAGACAGAUUUUGAAGUAUUCUAUCAUUGGAGGAGGAUUAGUUGGAACUGCUUUUUCUUAUAAGGCCAACAUGUAUAACUUUGAAGCCAUAGGUUUGCUUCGUUUCGGCAGAGCAGCUGCAACUGCCCUUGCUAUAGGCUUGCACUACAGAAAACAGUUGUAUCAAACAAAUUUAGAUCCACAGUCUUUAGAAUAUUUCAAUUUAAGGUCCAGGACUCACAAGGAAGCUGCUUUAAAGCUUUUAGAACUAUGUUGCAUAAAUAAAGGAGUCUUUAUAAAGGUUGGCCAGCAUAUUGGUUCGUUAGAGUAUUUAUUGCCAAUUGAAUAUGUUGAAACCAUGAAAAUAUUGCACAGUCAUGCACCACAGUCGCCUUUGAAGGAUAUUUAUUCAGUAAUAAAAGAAGACUUACAUAAAGAUCCUUCUGAAUUAUUCAUUGAAUUUGAUUCAGAACCUUUAGGGACUGCAUCCCUGGCCCAAGUACAUCGUGCUAAACUAAAAGAUGGAAGAGUUGUUGCUGUCAAGGUUCAACACCCUUUUGUUAGGGGAAAUUCCAUUGUUGAUAUGAAAACAAUGGAGGUAUUAAUCAAUAUAAUGGCAUGGGUGUUUCCUGAAUUCAAGUUCAAAUGGCUUGUAGAAGAAAGUAAAAAAAAUAUUCCACGUGAGUUAGAUUUCUCAGAGGAAGCCAAGAAUACAAUGAAAGUAAAAAAAAUGUUUCAACAUUUUUCAUGGCUCAAAAUUCCAGAUAUUUUGAGUGAAUUGAGUACUAAACGAGUUUUGACUAUGGAGUAUGUAGAUGGCGGACAAGUUAAUGAUAUAAACUAUAUGAAAAAAAAUAAAAUUAAUCCUUUUGAUGUAUCAGAUAAAUUGGGUUUGUUAUACUCCGAAAUGAUUUUUAGAAAUGGCUUUGUCCAUAGCGAUCCUCAUCCAGGAAAUAUAUUGGUAAAGAAAGAAGAAGAUGGGAAAACCUAUAUUGUUCUCCUGGACCAUGGAUUAUACGCUAACAUCAGUGAUAAAGUACGGACGGAAUAUUCAGGUCUUUGGCUUAGUAUUUUAGAUAAAGAUAUGAAAGGCAUGAAAAAACAUGGUGAAGCUCUUGGGGUUGGUUCAUUGUAUGACCUUUUUGCAUGCAUGGUUGCUGGUCGAAGCUGGACAGCAAUCCAAUCUGGUAUCACUAAGAGUAAACAUACUGUUGGAGAGAAAGAACAGUUUCAACAUGAUAUCCCUCUUGUUCUGGCAAAGAUCACAGAGACAUUACACUAUGUAAAUAGAGAAAUGCUUUUGAUUUUAAAAACUAAUGAUCUUCUUCGAGGUAUAGAAUACACUUUGCAAACCGACAAUAGGAUGUCUUCAUUUUUGGUUAUGUCAAAGAGUUGUGUUCGUUGCGUUUAUGAACAGAAGUUAAAGGAUUGCUCUACUAAAUUGGAUAAAGUGAAAAUAAGUAUUAUUGAAACUUGGGAACUUCUUAAGAUAUCUGUUUACUAUACCUAUUUGAGUUUAAAAACAUUCUCAUGGAGGCAACUGCUAUUGUUGUAG